ACGAAGCGCCAGUGGAAAGAGGGAGGUCACACUCUCGCUUCGAGUCGCUCCUCUUUGGCGGACGCCUUGCUGUGGAUGACAACCGUCCAGCUCGUCGCAAAAUCAGCGGUGCUGCUCGGCUGGCCGGGGCUUUAACGCAGCGGCGGGGGGAGCGAAGCUAAGCGAGCCGAACCGAACCGGGGAGGGGAAGGAUUUACUGACACAGCCCGAGCAUGGCGACCCAAACCACCGCAUCCUGCACUGGAUCUACUCUGCUACAGCCAAUCAGCGACAUCAUAAACCUCCCACUCGACCAGGUGAACUUCGUGGCGUGUCAGCUGUUCGCUCUGCUCAUGGCUGUGUGGUUCCGGAUCUACCUCCAUCCCAGUAAAACCAGUCCCUUCAUCAGACACGUGGUGGCCACCCUCCUGGGCCUGUACUUGGCUCUGUUCUGCUUCGGCUGGUAUUCGGUCCAUUUCUUGGUGCAGAGCGGCCUCUCCUACGGGGUGAUGAUCUUUGCCAGCCUGGAGCACAUGCACAAGUACUGCUUCAUCGUCACCCUCGGUUACCUGAUCCUCUGUCAGAUCACAAGAGUCUACGUGUUCGACUACGGCAUGUACUCUGCAGAUUUCACUGGGCCCAUGAUGGUUAUAACCCAGAAGAUCACCAGCAUGGCGUUUGAAAUCCAUGACGGUUUGUCGAAGCGCAGGGAAGGACAGCUGACUCCCAGUCAGAAAUACCUAGCUAUCAGCCGGAUGCCCAGCUUGCUGGAGUACCUGAGCUACAACUGCAACUUCAUGGGCAUCCUGGCGGGACCCACCUGCUCCUACAACGACUAUAUGGCCUUCAUGGAGGGGACGUCGUACCAGCGCCGGCACCAGGAGAACGCCAACGGCAAAGAGAACGGGAAGGCCAAGCAGGCUGAGCCUUCACCAAAGCGCGCCGUGGUGUCCAAGCUGUGCACCUGCGCCAUCUCUUUGACCACCUACCUGUCGCUGUACCGGCUGCUCCCGGUCGACUACGCCAUAGACGAGCACUUCGUCAACACCACACCGUUCUACCUGCAGGUCGUCUACCUUUACCUGGCCAUGCUGGCUCUCAGGCCGAAAUACUACUUUGUGUGGACUCUAGCCGAUGCCAUCAACAACGCAGCCGGGUUUGGCUUCAAUGGCUACGACGCAGACGGCUCGCCGCGCUGGGAUCUGAUUUCCAACCUCAGGAUUCUGGAUAUCGAGUUUGCCACAAGUUUCAAGCUCUUUCUAGACAACUGGAACAUGCAGACAGCUCAGUGGCUCAAAAGAGUUUGCUACGAGCGUUGCCCCGUCAACCCGACAGCCGCCACCUUCCUGCUGUCGGCCAUGUGGCACGGCGUCUACCCCGGCUACUACCUGACCUUCGUCACCGGCAUCGGGAUGACCAUGGCCGCCCGCGCCCUAAAACUUCACGGAAACUGA